AUUUCUUCUUUCUCCAACAUUGAUUCUGCAGACAGACGAGAUGAAGGCGGCUCUGAAGGGAAGAUACAACGACGGCAAUAGCACCGCCGCCGCAACACUCGUCGUCAACGCCGGGGAUGUCAAGCUCCGUGCUUCCCUGACCGACGCCACCGUCGCCAAUGGCCCCAGCUUGAACGGCCUGGCUUUAGCCGUUGAGAAACCGGGAUUCUUCAGCGUUGACUACAACGUACCCAAGCAGGAUGUCUCCUUUCGGUUUAUGAACACGGUUAGGGUUGCAGAUAAGCCCUUGAAUUUGACUUACAUGCAUAGCAGGGGGGAUAACAGGACUAUCCUGGACGGAACCCUUGUAAUUGACUCAUCUAACAAGGUGUCCAGUAACUAUGUGGUUGGUACUGGAAAUUGCAAGUUGAAGUACACUUACACUCAUGGAGGGUUGACUACAUUUGAGCCGACCUACGAUUUGGCAAAGAAUACAUGGGAUUUCGCAGUCUCAAGGAGAGUUUACGGGGAUGACGUGUUUAGGGCUACAUAUCAGACAUCAAGUAAGCACUUGGGGUUGGAGUGGUCAAGGGUCUCGAAGCUCAAUGGGAAUUUCAAGUACAUCAUGGAGUAUGCAAAAUUUUGCUGCUCCAUAACCCUGCCUGCAUCUUUACCUCCCGAGCUAUCCAUUGCCGAUGUGAGACUGGAUCAUUUCAAUCCUCCUGCUGUUUCUGCAUCUGUCAAUUUGGCCGAGGAAGCGAAAAUGCCAAAACUAAUCGCGGAAACCACAUGGAACAUUGAGAUGUGAUCUGCUUCCAGAAGAGACUUAAGUAGCUGCUCAAAACGUUUGUUUUAGACGGUUGUGCCAAACAUUAGGGAGAAAUGACCCUGAGGUAUCAAUGUUCUUGAUAGUUUCAUCUUGUCGUUGUACUCUUACUGUUGUCCAUAAUUCUUACUCGGCUAGAAGCGGGGUCAAGCUCUGAAGACUGAGUCCAUUGUUAGAACUUUACAUGUGUACCUCCUUGCAUUAUAAUACUUUCAAAAUUUUACGAACAGGUCAAAUGUGGUGGUAUGAUGAACUUCGUAUCACUAGUUGCUAACUUGCUAUGUGAUG